AUGCAUUCCAAACUUGACUUGCACAAACAUGUCUCAUGUGAAGACCUUAUUCUUCAACUCGAUCGAUGCCAUCAUGAAAACGUCCUCAACCGGUACUUGGGUCGAUGCAAUUCACUCAAACAAGCCAUGAAUGAAUGUCUUCAGGCCGAGUUUGACGUCAACCGUAAAAAGCACUUUGAAAAGGCAAAGGCUAGGAGAAUGAGAUAUGAGGAGGCAUGGAAGGAUAUGGACGAGUAA